CAACUCACUUUUUUUUUUCUUUUAUCUUUGCUUCAUUAAGCAUACCCAUCUCCCCCCUCUCUCUUUUUUCACAUCUCAUAAAAAAAGGUCAUGUUCUCUCGAUUGUCUACUCAAGCUUCGAGACGUUUGGUCAAGCCUACCAUUCAAGCUCGUUUCGCCUCUACCAAGCCUGCUGUUACUGAAAAUUCCAAGCAAGUGGCUGCUGUGACCGCCGGUAUUGUUGGUUCUACUGCUUUGGCUUACAUGUAUGUCGAUAACAAUGUGUCUGCUAACAUGGCUGAUGAAGGUCUUCAUCCUCCUGAACACCCCUGGCCUCAUAAUGGACCUUUGGAUACUUAUGACCAUGCUUCUAUUCGUCGUGGUUUCCAAGUAUACCAAGAAGUUUGCUCUGCCUGUCACUCUUUGGAUCGUAUUGCCUGGAGAAACUUGAUCGAUGUUUCUCAUACUGAAGCUGAAGUCAAGGCUAUGGCUGAACAACAUGAAUAUACUGAUGGUCCUGAUGAAAAUGGUGAUAUGUUCCAAAGACCAGGAAAGCCUUCUGAUUACAUGCCCAAACCUUAUCCUAAUGAAGAAGCUGCUCGUGCCGGUAAUGCUGGUGCUUUACCCCCAGAUCUCUCUUUGAUGACCAAGGCUCGUCAUGGUGGUGCUGAUUAUGUGUUUGCUCUUUUGACUGGUUACGUGGAUGCCCCUGGUGGUGUUGAAGUUCGUGAAGGUUUGAACUAUAACCCUUACUUCCCUGGUGGUGCUAUUGCCAUGGCUCGUGUUUUGUUCGAUGGUUUGGUUGAAUACGAAGAUGGUACCCCUGCUACUACUUCUCAAAUGGCUAAGGAUGUUUCCACCUUCUUGUCAUGGGCUGCUGAACCUGAACAUGAUGAACGUAAGAAGAUGGGUAUGAAGGCUACUAUCAUCUUGACUGGUUUGCUCGGUUUGUCUCUCUGGCUCAAGCGUUUCAAGUGGGCUCCUAUCAAGACUAGAAAGAUUGUUUACAACCCUCCCAAAUAAACAAUUGAUUCCAUAUUCUUUUACUUAUCUUGUCAUUUUGUUCUUUUUUUAUUAUUAUUAUUAUUUUUAUUUUUUAUUUCAACUCUUUCUCUCAACCUAGUAUAGUUUCUUUUUUUUUUUUUAUUUAUUCUUUUUUAUACAUACAC